GCCCAGACCCGGCCUGGUCCACCACAUGCAGCUGGUCCUGUUGGCAUAUGCCAAUGACGUGCUCCUCGUGAUCCAGGACCCAGGUGAACUGGUCAGAUGGAGGCCUGCCAAGCCGUCUACUUGGCGGCCUCCUCCGCCCAGGUCAACUGGGUCGAGAGCUCGGGCCUGGUGGUCGGGGACGGGUGGCAGGCAGGCUCCCUCCCACCCACACUUCAGGCCAUCAGGUGGAGCACGGGUCUGCUGCUCUAUCUGGGCAUCUUUCUAUCCACCAUGCAUCCCUCCCCGCUGGAGAACAGGAAGGGUUUGGAGGCCAGGGUGGGUGAGCGGCUACAGAGAUGGGGAAGACUGCUCCAGUUUCUCUCCCUGCGGGAGGGCUGGUGCUGAACCAACUGGUCCUGUACAUGCUCUGGCACCAGCUCAACACCCUGCGCCCAGCCCCAGUGUCCUGGCCAAGCUCCAGAGGCCAGCCCUGGAGCUCUCCUGGUCAGAACUGCGCUGGGUCUCCGCAGGGGUCCUGUGUCUCCCCCGGAGGAGAGGGCCAGGGCCUGGUCUGCAUGUGCAGCCAGGUGUGGACCUCGCACCUCCAGGCCCCGCAGACUCCUGGAUGGUGCAGGGAAUCUGGCAUGGAGUGCGUUGGUGCGCCUUCCUCCGCCACCUCCGAGGCCCUGCAGAGACUCCUGGAUGGUGCAGGGAAUCUGGCAUGGAGUGCGUUGGUGCGCCUUCCUCCGCCACCUCCAGGCCCUGCAGAGACUCCUGGAUGGUGCAGGGAAUCUGGCAUGGAGCGCGUUGGUGCGCCUUCCUCCGCCACCUCCGAGGCCCUGCAGAGACUCCUGGAUGGUGCAGGGAAUCUGGCAUGGAGCGCGUUGGUGCGCCCUCCUCCGCCACCUCCAGGCCCUGCAGACUCCUGGAUGGUGCAGGGAAUCUGGCAUGGAGCGCGUUGGUGCGCCUUCCUCCGCCACCUCCAGGCCCCGCAGAGACUCCUGGAUGGGGCAGGGAAUCUGGCAUGGAGCGCGUUGGUGCGCCUUCCUCCGCCACCUCCAGGCCCUGCAGACUCCUGGAUGGUGCAGGGAAUCCGGCAUGGAGCGCGUUGGUGCGCCUUCCUCCGCCACCUCCAGGCCCCGCAGACUCCUGGAUGGUGCAGGGAAUCUGGCAUGGAGCGCGUUGGUGCGCCUUCCUCCGCCACCUCCAGGCCCUGCAGACUCCUGGAUGGUGCAGGGAAUCCGGCAUGGAGCGCGUUGGUGCGCCUUCCUCCGCCACCUCCAGGCCCCGAUCCGACCGGCAGCCCUUUUCCUCCACCCCAGGGCCUCUGCGAGACUCCUCCAGACCGGGAAGCUGUUCUCGGCGACCCGGUCCCAGGGAGCAGACCUCCUCGUGGGGCCCCUGCGCCACAACCCAGCCGUGUGCGUGCAGGCGGCGGGGUCUCCCGCGGAGCCGGAGGCUGA